UCUAUCAACAAAUCAACCCUAUCUCGCUUCAAUUCUUCUUCUUCUUCUUCCCAACCAAACCCUAAUUCCGAAUCAAAUUACAUAUUCGACAUUUGGCUCUCAGAAGCUCUACAUUUUUGCCAUGCGACCCGGGUUCUCUGCGAUUUCCCUCUCUCGAGGGGACUCAUCUUCCUUCAAUUCCAAUCAAAUCUUCGAAGCCGAUUCUGAUAGAUUCAGCAAUGGCCGCCGAUUCUCAUGUCCGUAGCUCCAAAUGCCUCGUCUGCAAUGCCGCCGCCGGUGCCGCCGCCGGAGUUAUUGCAGCAACGUUUGUGUGUCCUUUGGACGUUAUCAAGACUAGGUUUCAAGUUCACGGGCUAUCAGCGCUCAGUAGUAGUAGUGGAAAUAUUAAAGGUGGCGUUAUAGUUGGGAGUUUGGAACAAAUAUUUCAAAAGGAGGGGUUGCGUGGCAUGUACCGUGGUCUCUCACCAACUGUUCUGGCACUACUUUCAAACUGGGCGAUUUAUUUUACAAUUUAUGAGCAGUUCAAAAGCUUUCUUUGCUCGGAUGAUGGGAAUCAUAACCUUUCAAUAGGUGCUAAUAUGGUAGCAGCUUCUGGUGCUGGAGCUGCAACAACUAUUGCAACUAAUCCCCUUUGGGUUGUGAAGACAAGACUUCAGACUCAAGGAAUUAGGGUAGGUGCAGUGCCAUACAGGAGAACACUGUCUGCUUUAAGGAGAAUUGCUCAUGAAGAGGGUAUUCGUGGAUUGUACAGUGGUCUUGUGCCUGCAUUAGCUGGUGUUAGUCAUGUUGCCAUUCAGUUCCCAACAUAUGAGAAAAUUAAAUCCUAUUUGGCCGAUCGAGGUAACACUACAAUGGAUAAACUCAAUGCACGUGAUGUUGCUGUUGCCUCCUCUGUUUCCAAAAUAUUUGCUUCUACAUUGACAUAUCCACACGGGGUAGUACGCUCGAGGCUACAAGAACAAGGGCAAGGGCAAGGGCAAGGGCAAGGGCAAGGGCACCACUCCGAGAAACAAUACUCUGGAGUCAUUGACUGCAUUAAGAAAAUAUAUCAGCAAGAGGGCAUCCGUGGUUUUUAUCGUGGGUGUGCCACCAACCUGCUCAGGACUAUCCCAGCUACUGUAAUUACAUUCACCAGCUUUGAGAUGAUUCAUCGGUUUCUUGUCACUUCCUCCUGAUCCACAGCCUCAACCAUUGUGAAGAUGGAUCGUGUUCAUGAUGAAAUCAACUAUCUAGCGUUGAUUAAACCAGCUUGUGAAUUAGUGCAUCCUUCAACAGGCAAGCAUAUCAACCCCACUUUAUUUUGUUCAGAUGCUGACAUAAUUUUUUGGUUGGAUGUAUAUUUGAGUUGUUAUGGGUGGCUUAGUUUUAGCAACAUGCAGAAGCAAUUGCACCUUAUUGAACUUGUGUAAUGUCAAGUCUCCGAAGGGAAAGUGGGGAUGAUUAUGUUUUAUUGAUGAUGAUAAUGAUGAUAAUUGAAGUAUAAUGCAGACGUUUUAGUUUUCCAAGCAA